ACGGGCAUACGUAGUCGUCGGUCCGCCAUUACGACGCAGCCGAGACACGUUCGUCGUAUUUAGUUAAAUAUUUUCGUUUAUAAAUGAGUAAUAACGCUCAUGAGCUAAGCAAUCGACUCCUGAAUGCGUUGGAUAGCAAUUACAAUGUCGUCGACAUGCAGACGGUUAACGAAAUCAUAUCCAUUUUGGAGAAAUUCAAUAUUACGAAGGAACUGUUGGAGACCACCCGACUGGGUAAGCACGUGAACGAGCUAAGAAGGAAGACAGCCGACCCAACCCUCGCGAGGCGCGCCAAGGUGCUGGUGAAGCGAUGGCGCGACCUCGUCAUCCCAGUCGUCGCCUCGCCCGCUCACACCGGUUCAAAUCGGUCAUCGGCCGAGAGGCAAGUGCGCCGACUGGGCGGUACACCACUCACAUCUCCGGCGCUGUCGCGGCAAGUGGUGAGUCCCGCUGUAUCGAGUCCCCGGCCACUAUCAAGACCAGCGUGGGGCGGCUACGAGUCGGACUCACAGGACGUGAUCCUGGUGGAUGACGACCCCCCGCCCCCGCCACCGCCCACGGCGUCCGCCCUCGCGCCGCCCACUCCACUCGCGCACAAGCCAAUCAUACCGCCAGUAAAGCGGCCCCCUUCUCCCGAGCCUCUUUACGACGAGAAGAAGGCGAAGAGGGACAAAAAACCGAAAAAGAGAAGGGGCCACAGCCGAGCGGGCUCCGGUACGGAAGCGUCGGGCGGCGAGGCGUCGCCGCACUCGCAUGCGCACGCGCCGGCAGGGGCGGCGCAUGCGUGGGGCGCGCGGAACGGCUCCGGCCCGGAGCGGCGCCGGAACGGGCUGCGCCGGGACCCGGCCGACCCGUACGCCGCGCUCGUCAACAGGCUACCCCCCGCCGGGGCUAAGAAGGUGAAGACGACGAGGGAGUUGCUGGAACAGAUCCAGUCGCGAGGCAAGGCGCCAUCGCGCGCCGCCUCGCCCGCCUCGCCGGCCUCGCCUGACGUCAUGCUCAUAGAGGAUGCGAGCCCCAUCACCAUAGAUUCACCUCUUCGUAAUGGUGGCACGGAACCCAAACAGGAACCGGAACCCAAGCCAGAACCUAUCAUCCUGCCUCCAUUGGAGGAGGAAAGGGAAUGGGCAGACUGUACCUGCGAAGAAGAGGAGUCUGACAACUGUCCAGCAGCUGUAAGGACUGCGUUGAGGCCUCUCCAUGUCCGGGCCUUGCACAACGCCUUACUCCCAGGCCUGAACGGGACUCGGGCCCCUGUGGAGCCUCAUAAAUUCGCAGUGAGAUCAUUAACACUGCCCGACCAACCGGAUUUGUUCUCAAGCGUUGUCCCUUUAUACAACUACUCGGAUUAUGCGGAUGACUAUUGUGUUAAAAACAUGGCUCGGGUACCUCUCUGCACACAUAUACCUUGGAGCGACUUCGCCCCUCGACCGCCUUCUCCGCCCCCACCUAAAUCACCGCCCCCUUUAAGACCAUACCCUUCCCCAAUCCACGAAGGUAUAGAUGUAAAAUUGGAAAGUACAGAGGACGUACCCGAAGCGAAAGUCAAAGAGAAAAUGGAAUAUGCGAAAACUAUGCCCGUAGUUGAAGCUGAAAUGGUUGGGAUACCUACUUUAGAACCAAGUGAGAGACUGAAAGCACCUUUACUGUCUAUAGAAGACGAAAAGCAGUUCGAUUCAGAACAGCGUGUGGUAGUUAAAGUUGAAAAGAAAUUUGUGAGUGUAUCACCAGAACAUCGGACUGUGGAGCGGACGAAAGAGGACUUGGACGGACGAAUGCUGUACUCCUUGUGUGAGACAGCGAUACGUACCGUCCCUUUUAACUACGAGCAAACCGCGGCCGCACCUAUUGUAACCCUACCACCAAUACCAGAGGUUGAGGGGAGUUGUGAUCCAUCGACUGAAGUUCAAGCAUGUGAGACUCUAGAUAAAGCUUUGGAGGAAGCUGCAGAAAGUACUGGGAGAGAUAGCUUCGGAAGGCCAGUUCCUCCCACUUUGUUUGCAGAGUGGCACGAGUGUGCUCGUUUGGGGGAAUUAAUAGCGUUGCCCUACGUCGUUAUAGAUUAACGCGUCGUGCCAAAUAUCGUUGUGUGCUCUCAUACGAAUUAUGGUGUCUGUGAAUUUUUUUGUAUCCAAAGUAGAUUAUAACACUCCACCAAUACCAGCAAAGCGUUAAUACGUCUAUUGAGUCAGAACUGUGUUUUCUAAUGUCAAACAAUCUAUUAGUAAAAUCGGAUAACACGUCAUUUUGCUUUUGGGCAUAGAAAUACAGUGAUUUAAUUUGACUCAACACACAUAGAUUGCGAUAGCUUGUUGGCUAUGUGUGUGUGCUUUCUUCUAAGUUCUAUAUUAUGAGCAAUAGAAUAUAUAUUUAAAAGUGUAAGUAACAAUAACUUUCAAGUAUACAUUUGAGAAAACCUUAUGAGAAAUGGUCAUUAUUCAGUAGACGUACCAUUGCAGAUAUAAAAUAUUACAGGCACCAUAAGCCGUGGAACACAAAGUGAAGCUGUAUUGUUGUGUGACCGACCAAAGCUCCGAUGUCUCAGUGUAGUGUCAAGUGUCCUUACGUUAGAUAUAAGUAAUUGUGCGAGUUACCGUGGGGAGAAUAAGCAUGUGGUUUUGCGUGGAGUUGUACAAGUCAACUGGGGAUGAGCAAUCCUCUGGCUACUGAGCUGAUGUGGGUAAGUGACCCCAAUCAAUGGAGGUUCUAGUUAAAUUAUAUUUAUAUUGGUUUCAACAUUGCAUAUUGUUCGCAAACAAUUUUUAAAAAUGUUCUAUUUAAAUACUGAAGAAAAAUUUCUUUUAAUAGAAUACAUAUCAAAAAUUGCAGAACCGUUGUCUAAAUGGAAAUUUUUAACAUGUUGCAUAUGAUAUUGACACAGAUGCAAGUUUGGUUCCAUUAGUUACACAAUUGUCUAUACAUAUGAAUAUAUUAAAUUUAUUUUUACAAUGAAAGAACUAAAUAGAAUCAUCAGUCUUUGUAUUGCUGUUUUUAUUUUAAUAAAACUACUACCUCAACUUGGCAUUCAUAAUCAACGUUAUCAAAUAAAAUAUCAGACAUGUAGUACUACAGAAUGUAACAAUAUGGAAUCUACUUGAUAAUACAUUAAAAUAAAUUUAAACAUUAAAUUAAAUUUCUUAAAUGCAAGUCACACAAUUUUUACAUUAACACUUUCAUCAUAUACAAUAUUAAAAUCAAAUCAUGGGUUUUGUAUUGUAAAUACUGAUCACCAGGAAAGUUUUACAGUACUGCAAUAGUGUUGGUUUGACAAUAAAGUGUGUAACAAAUUAAACUUCUAGUCUAGUCUCCUAUCAUUUUCUUUGAUAAACAAAUAUGUUAUGUUACAACCAAUGUAAAUAUAAUUUUCUUUGGCUGGGGUCUUUAUCCGUUACCUGCUAAUUGUAAAAUUACGUCCGCACGCCUCGCCCGGAGUCUCCGAGUAAUCUCUAGAGUCUAGACUGUUCGACUGUUCGUAUCGAGUUAUCUUGUUACCCAUUGUGAUUUAUGAAAAAAAGGAAAAAUUAGGUAAUUAAAUAAUUAAUUAAUAAUAGGAGUUCCAAUUGUAUAUUAUACAUAUAUAUUGCUAUAUCGAGUCAAAUAUCAGAAUAUAAUAUAGUGUUGUGAUUUAUGCUUGGGAGUAUGUUCUUUGAGUAGACAAAGUUUGUUGACAUUGGUACUACUUUGUUGUCCCAAAGUACUGAUAAAGACAAUUCAUUAUAUUACUAUCUUUCAUUCGUGAAAAUGGCGUGACCAUGGUUUUAAAAAACUUAGCGAGCUUAAAAGAAAAUUGGGUUAAUAAUUUUUUUGAAACAUUCUUUUUUACGGUGCUGUCAAGAAGUCGAUAGAAAUGCAGCCUACGUAGAUUUGACAAAGUCUGUAUGUAUCAACUCUCUAUUCCAUAUACAUAAUAAUAGCAUUCAGUACUUAUUACACUGACAAGCUUCUACUCAAAGACAUAUUCUUAAAGCCUAGGAUUAGUACGAAAUCGUUUUUGAUUGGGAAAACUCGACACAGAUAUUACAAAUUCUUUCCAACAGAUUCAGAAUUUAUAAAUUCCCAAUCUAAGGAAUCUUAGGAAUCUAACCCGGGACCUUCAGUUCUAAACCACAGCGCUGACCGGGGAGUCUAUUAACUCUGACUUUUAACUUAAAAAUUUGGUUCGUGAUUAAAAAACUUGUUUACCUUAAGCUGUAAGGGCUCUAAAUAAAUGCUGAUUAAGGAAGGAACCCUCAACAAACUCAGUACUGUGAUGAAUUUAUUGAAUAACUGUUACUAUUUGCGUUAAGAAAUCGCUUAUUUCAGUCUCAUGCAAGUAAAGAUCAACAAUCAAUAUCUCGUUCAACAAUGAAACACUCUUUAAAAUUGUAGCACUCGUUAAAUUAUUAGUUAAUGAUGCUUUUAUUGGAAUUAAAUAAUUAGUUAGGACGCUCACGUUUUUUACUGUAUGUACUUAUGUCACUGCGUAAGUUAGUAACACUCCAGUUUUGCCAUGAAAUUGUUAGUUUUGUGAUGCCUGGUGCACAUUUGUAGGGUGUGUUUGUCCUUAUAUAAUUAAUAUAGCAAUAUCAUGAGGGUAAUUGCAAUAAGUCAGUAAUUUCACAAUUUGAAAAUGGUUUCGUACAGAUCUUGUAACAUCGUCUUGUAAGUGAAAAUGUUUGAUAAAUUAUUUUCAAUACAUUGAGAGUGAUUUUUAGAUAAAAAAAAAAACUAAUAUAAAAUCGUCUGAGGCCCCUGGUGAUUGUGUUGUUCACUUGUUGUUUGUUUGUUUAUUUCACAGAUUUGUUGGAAAAAUAUAGAUGGGACAGGAAUAUGAAUAAUGUCCAAAGGAGAACAUCUUGUUGACCACUACUUUGUGUGAAUGUUUAGGAAAAAGUAGAUAUUAUUUUAAUUGAUCAUCUUUCUGCAGAUUUUAAUGUCCAUCUUUCAAAAAAAGAUUUUACUAUUAAUAUUUCAGCCCACUUGGUUAGUUGGCAGAUAAAAAGAAGCUUAGAUCACUCUUUAUUACGUCUUCUCGACAUGCCUGACUACAGUCAAACAGACAGACAUGAAUUUAGGUUUUGUUGUAGGCACUAUCAUCAAAUAAUGAAAUAGAACCUAAUGUGCCAUGUACAGUCAGAUCACAAUUGGGCCCGGGUUUAUCCAAAUAGCAAACUUUUGUGUGAUAUCAUCCACCUAACUUCUAAGCUGCCUUCCUCUGUAUCAUUUGCCAUCCGUAGGAUCACCCUUUCAUUACGCAUUAGUAUUUUAGUUACUUUUGUCAUCUUAAUGAGGUUUAAAAGACUGUUAGUUUGGAAUCAUAGACUAUAUUUUAUCAUUUAUUUAUAAACUGAAAUUUACAAGUUGUCUUGAAACUAUUAUAGUGUAAUUCAUACUUAAUAGGUAAAUAAUAAAUAUUAUUAAAAAAACGGCACCUAACUACUCACUAUGUCAAUCUAGAUAUUCCAUAUUAGUAAGAAUUCCCUCAAUAUUAAUAGGUGGGUUCGGUUAUAGUUUAGAAAUGGUAGUAGGUAGGUCAUAUAAAUUUGUUUUCUUUGGAUAUAAUGUGUAUGUUGUCUUUAUUGCUGUCUAUAUUUUUCUUAUAAUCUGUGUUCGGUUUGGUUAAAUUGUGGUUAAGUUACGGUCACCCGGGGGACUCUGACGUCUAAGGCCCGGUUUAGUGGAUCCGACCAGGUCCCAUGUGCCAGAUUUGUUGUGCCAGAACGCAGUUGUUUAUAUGAAAUUAUUGAUACUGAGAUAUUAAAAUUUGUGUAAAUACUUACGUUGUUUUCGGAUUGACUGGACUUUGAACUGCUUAGUUGGUAUAGUGGCAUCUCUGACUAAGGAUCAUGAGAAACACAGUUUGUUUCCCAGUUUGGAAUUAAACUUUCGGUAUUAUGCUUACCAUACUAUAGGAAGCAUGUUAAGCCAUCAAUCCCGGUUACAAUAAUUGUUAAGCCUGCCAAAAUGUUUAUCAACUGCGUGAUGGAUUUAAGUCAAAGAUGCAAAACACUAUGAACCAAACUAGUCAGUCCGAACUUUUUAAUAUUACUAUUUUGUUAAAACAGAGUAGAGUGAGGAAUAGACAGUGACAUUUGUCUCCUAUUUUAUACGUAUGCUCCAUUUUUUCACGUUUGUCUCGUUACUAUUUUUUUUUACUCUAUAGUGUAAGGGAUAUUUUAAAAAUAGAAAAAAGUGCAGUGUGAUAAAAAAAAAAAAAAUGGAUGUAUGUUUUUAUUAUUUGUAGAACAUACCUUACACUUUAACUUACAUUGAAAAGUUCUCAUACAGGUUUUUACGUUUAUUACAUUUGGUCACAAUGCAGUUUUGAGGUGCUUAUUUUAAUAAAUGUUGAAUCUUUGAUAUACUGAAUGUAUAGAUCGGCUUUAAAUGUCACCCUUUUUUCCUACUCUCUUCAAAAUGCAAGAGUCCAAAAUUUUGUUACAAAAAAUUAUACAAAUCCGUUCCGAAGUUCAAUACAUAUAUGUAUAGAUUAAAAUAUAAAUAUAGCCUUAAUUUUUAUUAUGUUAAUUUAUUGCCAACAUACAUGUUUAAUUUUACGUUUUUUCCUAUUUGUGUUAGUUUUUUUUUAAAUUGAUUAUUGAAUAAAGUUUUUGCGGUAUGAGAUACACAGCAACCUCUGUACAUUUUAAACUUUAAUUUUAAUUUCUAUUAUACUUUAUUUAUGAGGUUCCGCAUCCUAAUUACCCACGCGCUUAGCUCUCGUCCGAGAAAGGCGUGGAAAUUAACAACCAAACACAAAACACGCCGGUUUGAGGUCGAGCGCGCUUAAUUACAAUAUCCGAAACACUAAAAUUUUCCUUACAAAUAAUAGUAGCAUAACGCCGGAAUAGUUAUGUAGUGUUUUGUCACUUUUGAACGCUACCGUCAGUUAAUGUGUGAUAAAACAUUGCCCAACUAAUCAUACUUUAUGCAAAGUAAGACUAAAUACGUCAAAGUAAAAUUGAUCAAAUAAUUUCUCGCAGUAAUAAAAUAACUUAGGACUUAUUGAUUCCGUAUAAGUACCGUUUUAGUUUGACUUUGUUUUCAGCGUGCAAAUCUUACUCGUGGCCAUUAAAUUUUGCCUAUAAAUGGAACUAUAAAACAUCGAAUAAACUUUUUGGUUGUGGUUAAAAGCCACGGCUGCAGACAAGACCAGACCAGACCAGAGAAAAUUCAGAAAUUAAAACUACCCAAAUUCCCUCUACCGGUGAUCAAACCCGGGACCUCCCACUUAUAAACCCACACUGGUCACCAUUGCGCCACGGAGAUUGACGAUAUUCAGCGCAGAGUCGUUUUUGUUUACCUUUAGUAGUUAAUCAAAUAACGAAAAAUACAGCUUAACUUACAUUCUGACCUCAUACUUUUCAAAAUGCUACAAUUGAUAAUCGUUCCAUAAAUUCUUUGAUUUUUUUUUUUGUAUAUAAAUAUUGUUGAAUUAUUUUAAAAGAGUUUUGAACUCUAAUUAACGAUUUCGUGUUCCACUGACAAUAAAUUGAUUAUUAAAUAACAUUACAAUUUGAACAGUCAUUUAUGCUUUAGGCUUAUUUAAAAAUCUUGAGGACCAAUGUUUGUAUUAAAAGUAACAAAUUAUCUGAACUAUUAAAUGAUUUUACGUUGUCCCAAUAAAUAAUUGUUUUCUUUACUUUCGUAUUAGGCUGCCACUCUUCUAAAAUGUGAAAAUAACGCAUAUAUUUUACAAAACUAAUAUUAAAAAUUAGGCGUCAGUACCUAAGAAGAAUGUAAUUUUAUUGUUUUUUUUUUAUUGUCGCCACAACUAAGUACAGGUCGAUGUGACUCGUAAUGUUUAGUGUACGAAAAGUUUUAUCAGUUUAAGGUUAUCACCGAUUGCCAGGGUGUGAUUUUCUACCUACGUUUAACGAUUUUUUUUUUAAUUUUCAUAUAUUUGAAUUGACACAAUAAAACCAAAGUAGAAUAUAGUAAUUUGUAUGGAAUUGAAAGAGUGCAAUCUAGGUACAAUACUUGGAAAUAGUAUUGUCACUUAAUAACGGCCUAUCGAUUCCAUUACUAACUUUCGAGCUAUGGAAUAGGUAGAAAAUCUGACAUUACGUGUACACCGUAAUUUUGUAGUUGCAUUUAUUUAAAAAUAUCAGGCAAUUAGGUCAUUUAGUAAAAGCGCAUUUUCAAUACAAACGUGCUUAAAAAUAAGUGCUUUAUUUUAGUUGCAGAGUCUUGAGUGGGUAGAUGCGCAAUAUAAAAUAAUUUUUAAUUAGAUUUUUUUUUAAGCUAGUAGUACAACUGUUUGUAUAGUAUAAUGUUGAUUUCUUAUUACUAUCAUUAUGUUAGCAAUAGGGUGUUAUUACACUUAUAAUUUUGGUGCAGCGGGGACAAUUAAGGAUUUUUAUUAUUUCAAAUUGACUCAGGAUUUAGUCUAGCUUGGGUUAUAGGGUUUUAAAAACUGCCAUACCUCUUCCAAGUCAACGCUCUUCAAUUUAAAACUGCAUUGUCACAUAGGGGUAUUUGUUUCAUAACACCCGUAUCCCUAACAGGUAAGCCCGCUAACAUCUUAGACUGUAUUAUCACUUACCAGGUGAGAUUGCAGUGCAUGGCUAUCUUGUAUUGGAACCAAAAUAUAAUGAGAUAUAAAAUAAAUGCAGUACCCAAAAAUUAUAGUACCAUGAAAGUUUCGAAAAUUAGCAACACGUUAGCUCCUUUUCUAAUUAAAAAAAUGAAAUUAAGAUUUGAAUUCGAAAAUAACGGUAAAAAAACUUUUCCAAAUUUAAACAUUCAAUAAAUACGCUUUGGAGCUAAAAGGAGUUAUGUGAUGUUGACUAAAAACGAUUGUAACUUGCCAAUUAAGAAAAGAACUCUUUUGGCUAUUAUAAUAUUUAUUAAACACCACCAAUGGUAGGUAAUGGCAAAGUGGCGAUGCCCAUAAAAUAAUUACAAUCUAGAUUUUUUUCUAAUUUUCUGAUUACUGACUAAUUGCUUUCUUCCUAGAGCAAACAUUGCUUACAUAACGCCGAAGAAAAAAAAAUUAAAAUGGUCGGGACAUUAUUGUGUUUUUGCAAUACUAUCAUUAAUCAUAGUUUGAUAAAACCGCGAGGCACAGCUAGUACUUUAUUAAAAAAAAAAAAAAAAAAGUGUAAUACCCUAUUGAAUUGAUAUUCAUCAAAGACCAAAAUUAGCAAGUGUUAGGUUUUAUUGUACAUAAUAAACUAAUCGAUUGUUAUUUUAUGGAGAAUCCUCCAGAAACAUUGAUAUAAAAAACUGAAAGAUACAUCCGAGGGAAUACUAUUUUCUUGAAUACAUUUAAUACUUGAUAUGCUUUAUGUUACUUGUCGCUUAGUCACCGCACUUGUGUCUUAAAUCUAAGUUUACUCACUUGAGCGCAUUAAUAUUUUUGACUAAAAACCGCCAGGACCCUGAUUUUGUGACGUCAAAUUUGACAGUUAUGAAGCGUCAAAUUUCAAGUCACAAAAUACACCAUUUCUUUCUAAAUUUUUCAUAGUUACGUUACAAUUAUAAGAAUAAUGUAAAUGGAAAUGAGAAAUUUAGAAGUGUGUGCACAGAAAUGGUACAUAUAUAUAAUUAUUUAUAAAAUUAUACGAUACGUUUUGAAGCACGUGUGCCCCGCAAAACUUGAGAAGGUACUUGUGAGCCACAUAUAGGGGUGCAUAUUUCCAUGAAGUAUGUACCUACUGUAACUUUUAUAUUGAAAGUGUACGUGUACUGUUUUUGUUUGCCCCGUGUUUUUCUAACAAUACGUAUGCUUAAGUCGUUUAAUUUCAGUUUUAUUUUUGGGACAGGAAACUUGUAACUGUUUUUGGCAUUCCAAAAUAGUUUCUUGGUUUUGUAUAUCAAUGAUCAGAGUCGUAAUUAAUUUCUUAAAGACGCUUGUAAAAAAAAAAAUAUAAAUCUUUCACUGAUUAAUACGGAACGCGGGUCGUUUUGGAUUUUUAAGAGAUUAAUUUGCGUCUCGUAAUGAAAUUGUUAACUUACAUGCAGUCAGGGAGUUGUUAUUACUGCUAGAGUGUCCCGCAGCAGUUAGAACUUUUGCACCUUUGAGAUAUAGAGUAUUUUGAAAAAACAUGAUAGUAUCACUAACGUUGUUAUUAUCAGCAGUAUUUACGAUAUUCUAGACAAAAUUGUAUAUUUAAAAAAAUGUUAGCCAAUCAGAGACACUGCAGGUAGUUCCCAUUUGUUUGAAUAGCGUCAUCGGAAAAACGGUCUUGAAUUUUUUCUACUUCUACUGUAUACUUGAAUCUGUAGAACUAUGUUAGUAGCCCUUCACCCUUUAUAACUUCUGAGUGAUGUCAUGGUUUAAAAUGGGAUUUAAUCUUUCCCCAACUUGACACCAUUAAUUGAUUCCUAAUAUUUACAUGUGGCCAGUUUGAUAGUAAUAAUUAAAGAGUAUUCACAUAUAAUAUGUAAUCUUUGUUCUACAAUUCAGUUUAAGACAUAAAAACAGUAGAUACAUUAAGUUCAAUGGAAUGAAUAAGAAAAUAAUAUCUUCUUCAUGUUUCCCAAAACAAAUGGACGCUAGCCAGCAUUGCGAUCAUAAUGACUCUAAUCUUCUGUGAAAUUCAAAGCUCUAAAUUCGGUGACAUGGGUGCUUACUACCAUCGCUUUUAACAGUAUUAUUUUAAUAUUUAUGCCUAUAUUAUGGACAUCAAAAUCACAUAAAAAUGGCAUUUAAAAAUAAUAUUGCUAUAAAGGAUGAAAGUACCUUAAGAGGGUCAUUCUGCUAUCUCCAUACAAAAUUUUGCAUUGUUGAAGCGCAACGAUUGACAAUUGUCGCUGUCAAAUAACGCGUUUCGUAUGUAGACUACAGGCUGGCAACGUGUUGGAAAAGUUACUGAAUCGGAUAGCAGGGUAUAACUAGGACAUGCAAUAUUUAUAUUUAUCAAAUUACAUAAUUCCUAUCGUAAUGCGACAUGUUAAAAAGAGUUAGAACUUUAAGAGGUCAACAGUUGCGGCUUUUGCAAUCAUUAAGUAGAUCCUCUGUUUGAGAUUCUAGAGGUAGUAACAUCUCACUGAAUCCAGUAUACAAUAAGCUCUCUGUACUGUUUUAUUUUUUAUAUUCAAUAUAUCCGAAUAGUUAAGACCAGAUCCACUAAACUGGGGCGUGUAAAAGGCCUUACAUGUAAAAGCGCGGAUGAGUCCGGGCGCGGAGCUUGUAUAGGGAGAGUUGUAACCCGGAGACUGCCUUGUUGGACUCGAUCCAAACAUUUUGGUAAAAUAAUAUAAAAGCAAAAUAUAUGUGUUUUUAUUACGA